CCCCGCCUCGUCAUGUGCUGCGACUCCUAUACAAGCCGCCUUCUUAGCCAUCCACCACCAGCUCAUCAUCAUCAUCAGCUUCGUCUUCUCCAUCUCAAUCAUCCCUCAUUGUACGCGUCAUUUCACCAAAGCCCCUCCAACCAAGACCAACCCAGCGAGAGAGAAAGCUCUCGUUACCGCCUAAUUCGAGACCGUUCGGAGGCGCAGCCGCUCAUCUAACUUCGCCAAGCGACUGUUUUGGCGCCUAUCAUUCUAUACCUACCUAGGUGUCACCCCAUAUUCAAUCCUCCAUCGUUACCCCCCCAUGAGUGCAUCGCUUGGGCGGUUAGGCCAAAUUGUCGUCCUUUUCUCUUUUGUCUCUGCGGAUUGCUGCAAUAGGCGUCUUAUGUCGCGCGACUUGCCCAGUUAGAAGUCUAAAUUGGACUUCAGGGAAUUCCUUUGGGGUUACUUUAUAUCUAAUGCUAAUGCGAGGCUAAACCUGAAACCGGAUGAAGUGAAAAAAUCUGCCUCGCCUAAAGGUAUCCGAUGGAUACUCCCAGUUGCAAGUUGGCAAUCACAAGUCGAAAGUCAUGGUUGGGUUGGAUGAAAAAAUGGGGGAAAUAACCCACUCAUAAGGCGAUGUAGUGUCCAUUCCAUGGCGCCUUCCUUCACCCUCUCCUUCCAGUCUUUAAUGGAUGGAUACUACCUAGGAGGUACACACCGAUAUCCUUGGAAGCAAGAUGGAUGCACGCUCAAUGCUUGGCUGUCUUCCUUGUCUGGGAAGAAGGGUCACACUGAUUGAUACGAUACUUUGCACAGCCUCCCUUGUCAUAAGUAUAUAUACUCUACACGUUUAUUAUUACCCUCUGCGCGGUUUGUACGAGGUUCUGUGGUAGGCAAUCAGGAAUUUUUCAUGUCUCUUUCUUUUCUUUUAGCUCUCUUCUAUCCUGUCCUUGCUUCUUGUUUUCUCUUUUGACCUUUUCCCAUAUUACAGAUAUGGAGAAUUCGGGCCAGAGUCAUAACAGGAAUUCUCAUAAUAAUAAUGGAUUUGUGAAUCCUUCCCUGGAUGUUCCUGGUAGAGAGGUAAGCAAAUUCCAUGCUAGCGCUGAUCUCCCGAAACUAGGCUAAAGGGCUAAGUGAUGAAAACAGCAGGGUCAAAGGCAGAUAGAGAUCAUGCCAGGCCAGACAGAUUCGAUAGAUACGAGCAGGCUAACGGUUCAGCGGAUACCGUCUCACACAUCGCAGUCGUUCGAUGGCGAGACUUUGCGGAUGCGGUCGGGCUCCUUCAAUUCAUCCGUGAAUACCGCCGUAAGAUCAAGAGCAAAUUCAGAUGCGUACUCGGAGACGUUUCCGGUGUCCUACGACGAUGUCCCCCUGUCCGAGGCUCUGAAGCCGGAUCCUCGAAACGAGCAGGAUUUCAAUGUGGUCGAUAACAAGUUCGCGUUCUCUCCCGGACAGCUGAACAAGAUGCUCAACCCUAAAUCCCUUGCUGCUUUCCGCGUCCUCGGAGGCUUAUCUGGAAUGGAACGUGGGCUGCGCACGGAUCUGGUAAGUGGUUUGUCAGUCGAUGAGGGCCGCCUGGAGAGAUCCGUCAGCUAUGCAGAUGUGGCAUUAUCUCUUCAAGAUGGCGAGCGGCGAACAGAAACAGACGAUAAAAGCGCGACCGUCACGACCACCGUCCACGACACUGGUUCGCAAUUUGAAGAUCGCAUACGUAUUUUCGGUCAGAAUCGACUGCCUGCGCGGAAGUCUACUGGCUUUUUAAAACUGUUCUGGCUUGCAUAUAAUGACAAGAUAAUCAUUCUUUUGACAAUAGCUGCCGUCGUCUCCUUGUCCUUGGGUAUCUAUGAAGCGUUAAGUGGUGGGUCAGGUGUCGAUUGGAUAGAAGGGCUCGCUAUAUGUGUGGCCAUUUUGAUCGUCACUAUUGUCACCGCGGCGAAUGACUGGCAGAAGGAGAGGCAAUUUGCCAAGCUAAAUAAAAGGAACGAUGACAGGGAAGUCAAGGCAACUCGUUCGGGGAAGCCGGUCAUGAUAUCCGUCUUCGAUAUUACUGUUGGCGAUGUCCUUCACCUUGAGCCUGGUGACUCUAUACCGGCAGAUGGCGUGCUCAUUUCGGGCCAUGGCGUUAAAUGUGACGAAUCUUCGGCCACUGGAGAAUCGGACCAGAUGAAGAAGACAAAUGGCCAUGAGGUCUGGCAGCGGAUCAUGGACGGCACUGCCACCAAGAAACUUGACCCGUUCCUGCUAUCUGGUAGCAAAGUGCUCGAGGGAGUGGGAACAUACUUGGUGACAAGUGUCGGACCUUACUCCACGUAUGGCCGAAUUCUAAUGUCACUGCAAGACUCAAAUGAUCCCACUCCCCUUCAAGUUAAACUGGGAAGGUUGGCAAAUUGGAUUGGAUGGCUCGGUUCAGGUGCCGCAAUUAUCUUGUUCUUCGCCUUGUUAAUUAGAUUCCUCGUCCAACUAUCAGAUAACCCUGCCAGUCCUGCAGUCAAGGGGCAAGAAUUUGUGGAUAUUCUUAUCGUCGCCGUUACUGUGAUUGUUGUUGCUAUUCCUGAGGGUCUCCCGCUAGCUGUAACGCUUGCCUUAGCAUUUGCAACAACACGAAUGGUCAAGGAGAAUAACCUCGUCCGCGUCCUUCGUGCGUGUGAGACGAUGGGAAAUGCCACCGUUAUCUGCUCGGACAAGACAGGAACUCUAACACAAAAUAAAAUGACGGUUGUCUCUGGAACAUGGGGUUCUGCUAGCAGCUUCGACCAGACUCCGACUGAUGGUGACAGACCUUCGGUGACUGUGUCUGAGAUGGCUAAGCAGCUCUCAGCAACAGUAAGAAACUUAAUCAUCAAGAGUAUUGCUCUCAAUUCUACGGCCUUUGAAGAGGACAAGGAUGGCCAGAAAGAAUUUGUCGGCAGUAAAACCGAGGUUGCCUUGUUGCAGCUCGCAAAGGACUAUUUUGGUAUGGACGUGGCCAUGGAACGUGCUUCGGAGGAAAUCGUCCAGCUGAUCCCGUUCGAUUCCUCUCGCAAGUGCAUGGGGAUAGUAUACCGGGAACCCAAUGCUGGCUAUCGUCUCCUUGUUAAGGGAGCGGCCGAAUUGAUGGCUAAGUCGUGCACUACCAAGAUUGCAGACGUCUCUCUGGACCACAUCACCAUUGAGAAAUUCGCUGAAAAGGAUAACCAGAAAAUUUUUGAUGUUAUCAACUCGUACGCGGUGAGGUCUCUUAGGACAAUCGGACUGGUAUAUCGGGACUUUGAAAGCUGGCCUCCCAAGGAUGCACAUACUAUGGAGGACGACCAGUCAGCAGCUCGGUUUGAAGAUGUCUUCCAUGACAUGACAUGGAUCGGGGUCGUGGGUAUUCAAGAUCCUUUACGGCCUGAAGUUCCUGCAGCAAUCCGCAAGUGCCAUGAUGCCGGUGUGCAAGUAAAAAUGGUCACAGGUGAUAACGUAGCGACGGCUACCGCAAUUGGGUCUUCCUGUGGCAUCAAGACUGAUGAUGGAUUUGUUCUGGAAGGUCCUAAGUUCCGCCAACUGUCCGACAGCGAAAUGGACCAAGUCAUCCCGCGUCUUCAGGUGCUAGCUCGUUCGUCGCCAGAGGACAAGCGAAUUUUGGUAGAGAGACUUAAGAAGUUAGGAGAAACCGUCGCGGUAACGGGAGAUGGGACUAACGAUGGACCAGCCCUUAAGACUGCCGACGUGGGCUUCUCUAUGGGUAUCUCUGGAACCGAAGUUGCCAAGGAGGCUAGUUCUAUCAUUCUCCUGGAUGAUAACUUUAAGUCUAUCGUCACUGCGAUUGCAUGGGGAAGAGCCGUUAACGAUGCUGUUUCUAAGUUUCUUCAGUUCCAAAUAACGGUCAACAUUACCGCCGUUGCUCUCACAUUUGUGUCAGCUCUAUACAGCAGUUCCAAUGAGAGCGUUUUGAGUGCGGUGCAACUGUUGUGGGUCAACCUGAUUAUGGAUACCUUCGCUGCUCUUGCACUGGCAACUGAUGCACCUACAGAUAAAAUCCUUAACCGGAAACCCGUGCCAAAAAGUGCUUCUUUAUUCACAAUGACCAUGUGGAAGAUGAUUUUGGGACAGGCAGCCUACCAAUUGGCCGUUACAUUCAUGUUAUUUUUCGCCGGUGACCGCAUCCUUGCAUCUAUCCUCCAUGCUGACCAGGAGAAGCGUGAACGUCAGCUUAACACUAUCGUUUUCAACACAUUUGUAUGGAUGCAGAUUUUUAACCAGUACAACAACCGAAGACUUGAUAAUAAGCUCAACGUCUUCGAAGGUGUAUUGAGAAACUUCUGGUUUAUGGGGAUCAACUGCAUCAUGGUCGCUGGGCAAAUCAUGAUCAUUUUCGUCGGCGGCAGUGCGUUCAGCGUCAUCCGGAUUGACGGUCUUCAAUGGGUUGUCUGUCUCGUCUGUGCCGUUGCCUGUCUUCCUUGGGCUGUCGUCUUGCGAAUGAUUCCCGAUAAGUAUUUUGGACUUAUAUUCAAUUCCGUGGCUGGAUGCGUGAGAUUCCUUUUGAAACCCGUUACCCGGGGUUCGAAGAGUAUUCGGACUGUUAUACAGCCGUUCAAACGUUUCAUUCUGCGGCCAUUCCGCCGAAGGCCGAAUACGACUCCUGCGUCGGAUGAAGAAGCAGCAGCUUCGCAAAUGAGUCUGCAGCUACAACCCUUUCAAGGCACUGUGACAUCUGAUAAUGGCAGUACUGUGCCACCAAUCACCAUUACGACUUCUUAGCGGCCGUUGAAUCUCCAGAACUGGCUCUUUUUUUGGUGUAGUAUGGCGUAUGGCGGUUGGCGGCUAUAUUUCGUCUUUUUCUUGUAUGAUGCAGACAUAUAGAGAUCUCUUUGGACUGAACGUGUGUAUGGGUGUAUCCACUCUGUGAAUAGAUUCCCAUUCCUGGUAGAUUAGAAUAAAGUGUCGUG